CCUGCUUCGAACGCUGAAAACAACUUAGAACGCAAUAGGAAAAACACACGCUGGAAACAUGGCAUCUAUUCAUCGGUGUUUGAUAAAUCAAUAGGUCUGAUCAUUCUUAUUAUGUCAAACUAAUGACGUUCUACGUGAACAUUUAAUUAACCAUUUUUUACUUUAUUUAUUUGAUUUACCUCCAAACAAAAGUGAAAGUAACUUCACUGUAUAACAGCCUAACAUUUGAACUGUCUCUAAAUUGUAUUCUAAUAUCUUCGACUUUGGUUUCGAGCGUGGUCAUUACUUCAAUUGUGAAAUUAGGGGUCUAUUCUGUAUAUUUAUGAAAGGUCAGUAAUUACUGUUGAAUAAAAACCUACUGGAAAGAUGCUUGAAAUGCUGCUUUUUGGAUAUUUAAUUACAAGCGUUUCUGGCCAGGGAGGAGCAGACGUGGUGCUGUCCUGUUCUCUGGUGGAGGAGGGUAGUGGGAUGGGGGGAAUGGGAGGUGGGGCUCUCUUCAGCCGCACCCCAGCAACGCUUGUCCUCAGAAACCUGGCCGUGACCCCUGAUCUUUCACCUGAUACUCUGACCCCCUUCAACCCUCCUGCUGUCCCCGAUCCUGAUAACAUAAUCUUGGAGGCUAAAGUUGAGUCUCCUGAGAUCCCAGAGGCAGACCUGCUGCUCCACGCUGACUGUAACGAACAGGAAGUGACAUGUGAGAUCAGCCGCUACUUCCCUCGUAAUGCCAAGGAGGGCUCCACAGAACCAGCCUAUUUCAUUGGCUCCUUGCAGAUAGAGGGGGGUGGGCUCAGCCUCACAUUUAUCCUGCAGACACUGCCACUGGACCAAUCAGAUCGUCCAGCUCUCAUGCAGAGCAAACUGGAACUCCCCCUCAGCCAAUCAGGGACUUUGCUGACUGAGGUGGUGUUCCUGGUGUUCUCUCGCUCGGAGUCCCACUCCGCUCCUCUAGGGGGUGUGGCCCUCCUGGACUGUGGAUUCAGGCAGCAGGCCCCACCCCCAGGGCGGGAGCUGGGGCUUGAGUGGCGGCUGCAGCACAGAGGAAGUGGGAGGAAAGUGCUGGAGAUUAGGGCGGGGCAGAUGGAGGCAGAGGAGGGGCCAGCAGUACGCGUGGAGAGGAAGGGUUCGAGCGUGGAUGCCGCCCUGCUGGUGGGGCAGGGUAAUGCAUCUCUGACUCUGGCCAGACUGAAGGUAUCUGACGAGGGGACCUACAUCUGCACCGUCAGCACUGGACUGUACCAGGCCCAGCAGGUCAUACAGCUACACGUCACACAACCUCCUCAUGUUUCUCUCUCUGAGGAGAAGCUGGUAUUUCGGGAUGAGUUGCCCCAGAAACUGAGCUGCCACUGCAAGAACUACUACCCUCUGGAUGUCCAGAUGGAGUGGUUCUCCGUCUCAUCUACAGACUCAGAGCCUAGCGUCCUAUCAGACCAGGUGUCUCUCUCCAGCCAUCGGCAGCACAGCGACAGGACCAUGUCCAUCUCCUCCCACCUCACCCUGCACCCCUCCGCCUUCCCCCCUGGAACCACGGUCACCUGCAGAGUGACCCACCCGGCCCUGGACACACCCCUCUCCCUCAGCCUGACAGUAGAGACACCUGAGCCAGAUUCCUACUGGAUGGUCCUGGGUUUUCUGGUUAUAACCGUUCUGUUCUUCUACCAAUUGAUGAAAUAGGGUCGCAGAGGCACAGUAUCUGAAGCUGUUGCAAACCAAUGUCUUAAGAGUUGCUGUAAUGUGAAUUACUGUUGUACUAUAAACAGUUGUACAUUUUCUUCAAAUAAAUAUUUUCUUUAAUAGUAUCAUUGGUGUUGUUCUCUGAAUCUGGAGAGACGGUGUGGUAUUAUACCUGUUAAUUUUCACUUCAAUGAUGAACACAUUAAUGUUGAUGAUUUUCUUUAUUAGCAUCAAGUGGUAAGCAUGCGUUUAAAGAAUUGUCAUUAUCCAGUUGUAUCUCUCGCAGUAUUAUCAUUUUGCAUCAUUUCUUACCUAAUAAUAUUAUUGCACAAUAUUAUUAGAUAAUUGUUGAGUAAUCACCACUAUUUUCAUUCAUAAAUGCAAUUUACACAUAGCUAUUUUUCAUAUUUUUUUUACAAUGUGUCAAACAGUUCCUCUGUAUCAACCAUUGAGAGGAAAAUUAUAUUUUCUGGAAUAUCCAACACCAAAGGUAAAAUAUAAACUUACUAAAAAACACAUUUUCAGGAGCAAUAGUCUGGCAAAGAUGAAGUACUUUAUGGUACUACUUGUACGGUACUACGAUUUACGUUUUUUGUUUUUUUGCCGUCAGAAUACUACUGUAGUAACCAUUGUUCUCUGGUUGUGUAUUAGUUAUUUCGAAAGCAUGUGAGCAACAAAAAUUUGGCAAACUCUUGAGCUUCAUUGCAUUGCAUACGCAUGAGUUAUUAAUUGAGCGCAUAGCUACAGUAGCCUAUACACAGGUCCUGAAAACCACUAAACCAAACAAAAUAAAUGUACAAUCGGCAGUUAGUUUCAGAAAUGGCAGAUACAUAGGUCACACAAUUAGGCAAAACUAUGGACAUCGUCUGCCAUGAAAGUCAAGUAAGACACAAACACUACUUCCAUUGGGCCUAUUGGCUACUGUAGGUAACAGCCUAUUGGCUACUGUAGGUAACAGCCUAUUGGCUACUGUAGGUAACAGCCUAUUGUAGGUAACAGCCUAAUGUCUACUGUAGGUAACAGUGUGUGUGUUUUUGUUGGUUUGAUGGGCAGGGAGUGGGUUAUUUGGGGGUUUAUUUGGUUAUGUCCUCUCUCCAGAUAGGGGACAGUCUAUUGAACCAUUCCAUCCUAACCCUGUACCCUCUCUACUAGAACGUACAAGAGUGUCUGAACACAACCACAACACAGUAAAGCUGCUCACUAAUCAAUCAAAAAUGUACUAUGCAGUGUUAUUACACAGACCUGCCUUUAGGUGUGUCGAGAGUUAAUGCUGUAUAGACUUUUGUCUGCACUCCUGAAAGAAUAAUCUAUGUAGGUACAGAUUGUCUGUUUCUGUCUGUCAAUGUUAAUCUAGCUAACUGUCCGUCUGUCUGUCUGUGGUACAAGAAUAAAGAUAUACUAAAAGUCAGUGUCCCAAAAGUCGUUUCUGCCUUUUCCAGUAUCCUUCCUGGCUUUUCUUAUCCUCUCUCUAUCUCUGUCUUAAACACCACAGUCAGUGAGUGAGAUAAAGAGGGAGGUAAAGGAAAAGGCAGGAAUGCCAGUCAAGGCCUACAUCAACUAACCCUGGAAAAAGCUACUGGCUACACUGAUUUGGAUCACAAGUACACACACACACACACACACACACACAUGACAAAAUGAUCAUAAUCUUAACCAUGACCUUGUAUUAGUAAGUAGUAUUAAUAAUGGUAGUGGUAUGAGGUAGGGGAUCAGGAGGGGUUGUUAGGUACUGUAUGUCAGUAUCAAUUUACAAAUGUGGUACGCUCUCCAAAAGGUAACACGAACAAGCUUUGGCGGAUAGAAAGAACUGCUGCGCUCUCUCAUUGCACUCACUCUCUCUCUCCAUGCUUUCUCUCUCUCUUUCACUUCUUCCUGCUUUCUCUCUCUUUCCCUACUGCACACUUCAAUAAUGUAUGAGACGCAGAGGCAGGAGAGAGUGAGUGAGACAGCAUGCCAAGACAGAGGAAGAAAGAUGGAUCAAAGAGACGGGAAGGGCAGGAGGACAAAGAGAAAAGAGAGCAACAACAUCUACACAGGAGCGUCAUGUUUAAGUGCUAGAUGGAAGACCUGGUGUGGAGGAAAAGGGGGCGGGACUGGAGUUUGGAUUUGUGUCGAUUUUGUUUUCGAUUUUCUCUCCUAUUUCGCUCUCAUGUCUGUGUCCUGCAACGCUGGGAUUACUCAAUAGAAGAAGUACA